GGCAGUUUGGUGGAUCCGCUGCACUGACUCUAACUGUUCCUCGGCAACCGUGACGUCACUUUCCUCACCAAUCGCAGAGAUCGCCGGACUGACGCUCCUCUCGCGAGAGGAUCGCAUUAGCUUGGUUAGUUAGCUAGCCGUGAACAAACUUGACUGGUGUACCCGGCUGUAUUUUUACACUUUAUUCUUUUUAAAAGCACUGAGAGGACUCUGGGCACCUCUGCUGUGAUAUUGUCUCAUCACGCCGGUAGGACAGGAUCGUCUCCGGGCCUUGUGUCUGUACGGUACACGCUGUGACCGAGCUGUGGCAGUGUUGUUCACGUGUCGGUGGAUGUGUUGUCACAGAUCUGUCCUCUCUGCAGGAUCCUGAUGAUGAGUUAUGAUCUGUCCUCUCUGCAGGAUCCCGAGGAUGAGUUAUGCUGAAAAGCCAGAAGACAUCACAAAAGAAGAGUGGAUGGACAAACUGAACAAUGUGCACAUACAGAGGGCGGACAUGAAUCGGCUCAUUAUGAAUUACCUGGUGACAGAGGGAUUCAAAGAAGCUGCGGAGAAGUUUCGUAUGGAGUCUGGCAUCGAGCCGAGCGUGGACCUGGACUCUUUGGAUGAAAGGAUAAAUAUCAGAGAGAUGAUCCUGAAGGGACAGAUACAGGAAGCCAUUGCACUCAUCAACAGCCUCCACCCGGAGCUGCUGGACACCAACCGAUACCUGUACUUCCAUCUGCAGCAGCAACAUUUGAUCGAGUUAAUCCGGCUCAGGGAGACGGAGUCGGCGCUGGAGUUUGCACAGAUGCAGUUGGCGGAGCAGGGCGAGGAGAGCCGCGAGUGUCUGACAGAGAUGGAGAGAACGUUAGCGCUGCUGGCCUUCGAUAACCCAGAGGAGUCGCCCUUUGGAGACCUGCUGAACAUGAUGCAGCGGCAGAAGGUGUGGAGCGAGGUGAACCAGGCGGUGCUGGACUAUGAAAACAGGGAGUCGACGCCCAAACUGGCGAAACUCCUGAAGCUGCUGCUGUGGGCUCAGAACGAGCUGGACCAGAAGAAGGUGAAAUAUCCCAAAAUGACUGACCUGAGCACGGGCACCAUCGAGGACCCCAAGUGAACACGAGCCCCCCCCACGUCCCCUAAUUUAUGAUCAGUCAGUGACUGUGUGACAACCAGGUGACAUGUAUGUAGAAACAAAUGCUACGUUGGGUUUUUUUCAUGUUUCAUUCAUGAGAUAAAAAGUCAUUGUGCAAACUGUAAAUUGCUGUUUUUGCAAAUAGAAAUUGUUUUGUUCACUGAUCCUGAAUUGAAUAGAUCGGAGACGACAAAAUUCAAUAUGCUGUUUUAUAUUUAGUAGUAUUUAUUUUGACCCCAAGACUUUAUUUCAGAGGAAGAUGGUAUAUAUGAACAGCGUGAAUAUGAACAGCGUGAAUAUGAACAGCGUGAAUAUGAAUAUGAACAGCGUGAAUAUGAAUAUGAACAGCGUGAAUAUGAACAGCGUGAAUAUGAAUAUGAACAGCGUGAAUAUGAACAGCGUGAAUAUGAACAGUGUUUAUAUGAACAGUGUGUAUAUGAACAGUGUGAAUAUGAACAGUGUGUAUAUGAACAGUGUUUAUAUGAACAGUGUGAAUAUGAACAGUGUGAAUAUGAACAGUGUUUAUAUGAACAGUGUGUAUAUGAACAGUGUGUAUAUGAACAGCGUGUAUAUGAACAGUGUGAAUAUGAACAGCGUGUAUAUGAACAGUGUGAAUAUGAACAGUGUUUAUAUGAACAGUGUUUAUAUGAACAGUGUUUAUAUGAACAGUGAAUAUGAACAGCGUGUAUAU